GCAUCUACUAAGUACUGACUUGAAGGAGACUGCUCCAUUUCCUCUGUCCGAACCAUGGAACAUCCAGAAGAAAGCUUUGGCCAGGAGAUGGUGGUGCCUGUUGGGAAUCUUCUGAAGAAAGGAAGGUCUUCAGACUCCUCCAAUACUGACCAGCCUCUUCAGCCAGGCCAAGUCAACCCAAAACACUUCACCAUUCCCCAUCGGAGUUUCAAGAUGUAUCCUAAAACCUUUGAACAACCUUUCGAAUUCCAGAGGUUCCUGAAACCACUUCUGGUCUUUAGAUCGAUGAAAGAGCCACCUGAUUCCUUGGCCAAGAGAACAGAAACCUCACAUGUGUCUAACCAAGCAGAACUGUCUGAUCUGCCAGAAGUGCACAGAGAACAUGGUGAUGAAAAAAAUGGGGUUGUGUUUCCCAUGGGGAGGAGAAAUUUUGAUGUUCUCCGCUGUAUGCUGGGACGUGUGUACCGACCUUGCUGGCAAAACUGACCACAUGUUAAUGGCACGCAGGGAAACUCUACACAAUUUCAUUCUUGCUUCACUCUGAGUGGCCAUCGUCAUUAAUC